AGGUUCCAAGAAUUGGCACAGAUACUUCAGUUUGGCUUAACGGGCCCAUAGCUGGAAUGGGAUGGGAAAUAGAGUGCCCCGCGGGAGGAUGUUUCUUGACGUCUAAAAAAUGUCCUUCUGUGAAUAAAACAUCGAUUGAAUUCGUCUUGAGUCCAACACAGGAAUGGAGGCUCCUUGGAAGGUCUUCAAUGACGCUGUGCAUGGCCACUUUGAGCUGCACCCUGUUUGUGUCCAUGUCAUAGAUACUCCCCAGUUCCAGCGAUUACGCUACAUCAAACAACUUGGUGGAUCAUACUAUGUGUUUCCAUCAGCUGCACACAACCGUUUUGAGCAUUCUCUUGGGGUGGCGUACCUGGCUUCGGAGCUUGUCAACACUUUGCGGCGAAACCAGCCCGAGCUGAACAUCACCGACGAGGAUGCGCUGUGCGUCACGCUGGCCGGCCUUUGUCACGACCUGGGACACGGUCCCUUCUCCCACAUGUGGGAGACGUUCAUGGACGAGGUUCGGCCCGAACGCAAGUGGAAGCACGAGCAGGCGUCCGUGCAGAUGUUCCAGCACAUGGUGGAGGAGAACGACCUGAUGCCCAAGUUUAAGGCGGCCGGCCUGACCGAGCAGGACCUGAUCUUCAUCAAGGAGCAGAUCGCGGGCCCCAGCGUCUGCACCGGUCGCUACACGGGUCGCCCUGACCAGAAGACCUUCCUGUACGAGAUUAUCUCGAACAAGCGGAACGGCAUCGAUGUUGACAAAUGGGACUACUUCUGCCGCGAUUCACUUCUGCUUGGAAUCAACAUCAGCUUUGACUAUAGACGGUGCCUUCUUUACAGCAGGGUAAUAAAAGUGGAAAAUGAGGGCUUCCAGAUUUGCACUCGCGACAAGGAAGUCGGCAACAUGUACGAUCUGUUCUACACGCGCUGGGUGCUGCACCGCCGCGCGUAUCAGCAUCGCGUCGUCCGCAUCGUGGAGCGUAUGUUCCUCGACGUGCUGACGCUUGCUGACCAGCACCUGCUGCUGCCGGACUCCGCGGAGCCGGGCGCGCCCGGCGUGCGCAUGUCGCGCGCCUGCGACCGCGCCGCCGUCUACACGCACCUGACUGACCACGUGGUGCAGCUGGUGGCGCAGAGCACCGCGCCGGAGCUGGCGGCGGCGCGCCACCUGCUGCACGACAUUCAGACCCGGCGGCUCUACAAGUUCGUCUGCUCGAGCCAGCCCACGUCCACCGACGGCCGGGAGAUCGACACGGAAGCGAUCCGGAGCGGUAUGGCCAAGAUGUUGCAGCCCGGGGACGGCGUGCGACCCGAAGACCUGCUGGUCAGCGUCAUCAGCAUCUCCUACGGCAUGGGCAACCGCAACCCCAUCGACUGUGUGCGCUUCUACUCCAAGAAAAAUCCAAACACGGCGGAGGUGAUCCGCCGCACUGAGGUGUCACCAAUGCUGCCGGACAAGUUCCGGGAGACGUACGUCAUGGUGGCGUGCCGACAGCUCGAACCGGCGAAGAUCAACGCGGUGCGCGCAUGUUUCGAGCAGUGGUGCGGUGCGCACCAGUACAGCCUGCCGUCGGAUUCCCAAGAAACCGGGAGCUGUGGUUCGGUCGGAUGACCCCGGUCAAGGGCGGCGAGGACGAGACUCUGGGCGAGAUGGAGGAGGUAGGCCGGAGGCGCAGCAGCACUCUCGACCUGUGAUCGCCGCCAGCCGGCCACCGCCCUCGCGCACCACGCGGCUCGACAUGGUCUGAUGCUGCGCUUCACUUCUCUUUGCUUCGCUGGUCAGUAUUGGUUUCAGGAUAAAGACAGUUUGUGCAGCGCGAUGAGGGUGACUUUGUUGGCGAGGCACUCCCGUGCGUGGCGCUUCAGGAGUAUGUACCUGCUUUUGUUCAAGUUUGUUGGCGCUUUGGCUUGCCAUUUCCUAGGUUGUGGUUGAGACAUGAAGCGUCUCUUGAGAGGCGUUGGGCCGGUAUUUUCUUGGUGUCUAGUCGGUGCUGCUGUGCCUGGACAUGGGACAGGGGAGGGUCAUAUCUCGGCGGUGGGUUAUGUGAUGUGACCAGCUACGUCAGAAGGUGUGUCACUGAAGCAUCAGGACGCCGCAACAUUUGACAUUGAGAAACAAGCUGUUUGAAAUUAUUGGUCGGGUGCUGCCAGCCGCUGGGAUAAUGCGAGCAGUUUUCUUGUGAAUCCAAAUUUUGUUUAUCAAGCCACGACUUCAUCACGGUGCCAGAAGCGGCGUGGGGUAUUGGCGGCAUUGGCCCAACCUUGGAAUAAAGCUGGCGCUAGCCAUUUGAUAUUCCUAUGGCAAAAAUGGGUUCAACCUGUGUCUGCCCCCCCCCCCCCCCCCGCUUGAAAUGCCCAUUCCUCUGCCACUGUCUGCUAUACUUUAUUGGGAGCCCUGCAAGUGUUAUUGAGAUUGUUGUCAGUAGUCUGCUUGCGGUCCUGCUUAUGUACUGUGAUAUUGCUUACUGUGUGUAACGCUUGGGAAAGGGCGGUCCUGGAAUCGCCCGGAACAACCUGAAGCAUAUCAGUGAUUUUGUACUGAAUAAACCACGAUUACCAGUUAUAUCAUCUCUUA